AACCCCUUCCCGCGCCUUCGCCCUAACUCUUUCCCUCGUCCCGCCCACCCUCCUGCAUCUGCCGCCCCGGCGAAACCGCAAUGGAAGAUUUCCAUGAAGAGACGCGCGAGGCACGCGACGAGACCUUCAAUCCGGACCUGAUCCGCGCGAUAUUCAAGCUUGUGUGGAGCCGGCGGACCGAUAGGGGCGUCGUCGUCGACGAGGCCAUAGACAUCGAGCCUGCUGCGGAGACGUCAAGGAGGAACCGGAGUACCUCUGCUAAUGCAAGUGCCCUGCAAGUGAGCUGCGAACUUCUUCGGAUGUUUGUCGCAGAGGCUGUCCAGCGCUGUGCUGUUAUCGCUGAAGCAGAGGGGACGACCACAAUUGAGCCCACCCACCUGGAGCGAGUCUUGCCACAGCUUCUUCUGGACUUCUAGCUAGCCUUCUUGGUACCUGUCUCGGACACAGAUGGAUAGCCAAGGCGCCUGAAGCAAUCCAUAAUUAAUCUUGUAAUGAGAAUGUUGUUUGUGUCGCCCUAACAAACCAGUUCAGUUAAAUUACACUGCCGCCCUGAUUCACGUCUGUAAACUGGGGUUUCGUGACAAUUUUCCCGUGGAUUUUACUGGCCUUGUAAAAAUCCUCCGCGCUGGGGGUAGCAGAGCA